AUGGCCUCUACGACGGAGACAGAAGCGGAGGCAUUACAGAAGAAACUUCGCUCUGCUCUUUGGUUCCAAAUAGGCAAGAUAGUCGACGAAGAAAGCAUCAACCUUGGCGUCAAUGCAACGCCGCAGUUCAUUGGAAGUCUGAUGGAAUUGGUCUGGGCCCAGAUUGGAAAUGCCGCCAUUGAUCUCGAGUCCUUUGCCAAACAUGCAGGAAGAAGCACGAUCAAGACAGACGAUGUUAUGCUCUUGACCCGGAGGAACGAAGGGUUGGAGACAUUACUUCGAAAAGAGCUAAGAAAGCUGGAACAAGAGAAAAACGAGAAAGACAAGCCCAAAUAA